CGUCGAUAACGUCCUUCGAUAAGCAGAGGUCCCCAAAUUUUCGAGACGUCGAGUUGCCAAAAGGACACCGGCAACGGCAACACGCAGCAGCAACAAUGGCGCCAACACGCACAGUAAAAAACAAGCAUGCCGCCAGUAAGACCAAUGGCGCUGGCAGCAAGUCUUCCAAAGACGGCGGCAUUACCAAGUCCAAAAGCAGAUCCGGGUCCAAAGCAAAUGUAAAAGCGCCAGCGAUCCAAGUCAAGGGGCGACCCAACAUCCCGGGCCUCGACAAGAAUAAGACGAAGAAGCAACAGCGCGUCUACACCGAGAAAGAACUAGGAAUACCCGAACUGAACAUGGUGACCCCGGUGGGAGUGACCAAACCGCGGGGCAAGAAGAAGGGCAAGGUGUUUGUCGACGACAGAGAAAGUAUGGCCACAAUUCUAGCGCUUGUUCAGGCCGAAAAAGAAGGGCAGAUCGAGUCAAAGAUGAUCAGGGCGCGGCAAAUGGAAGAGAUUCGCGAGGCGCGCCGGGCCGAGGCCGAGAAGAAGGAGGCGGAACGCAAGGCCAAGCUGGAGGAGACCAAGGAGUCGCUGCGCAAGAAACGCAAGCGGCAUGGCCACGGGAACAAGCACGAUGACGACGAAGACACAAGCCUCAAAGCCGUCACGGCUACAGGGACCAAGGCCGCCAAGCCCAAGAAGAAGAGGGUUUCUUUUGCUGCGCCUGAAUGAAGCAUAUUAUAAAGAGGGGGAGUGGGGACUUUUUGCUAUUUGAUCGAGUAUUUCAUGGGUAUGCAUGGUGGCGUCUGGCGUGUUGGGCGAGGGUUCUAAAACUGGGUUUGAUCGCGUUAGGAACAGAGAUACCAACUCGAUUGAGGGGACUACAUAUGUUGGCGGGUAUCCGGCUCACGGCGCCUGUUGAUAGUAUACGGUACUUUAAGAGCAGGAUAUACGUGCAUUCGAUAGCGAGGCAAAAUCUUAGACCCCCUGUUGUACGCC